AAAGCAGCUGUGAUUGAAGGGACAGUGUGUGUGCAUGAGUCAGCUGCUGCACUGGGCUUCUGCCAUAUCGCAGUCGGGCUGAGGCUGCCGGAGUGAUCCUCGCACUUUCACUUCAGCGGCCGCUCCCAGACGUCAUGGAUCUGCUGGAUUUCUGAGCUGACUGGACCAACACACGUGGGACCCAUGCUGCGCGUGUUCAUUCUGUGUGCGGAGCGCCUCCAGACGCCGGACGAUGAUGUCAGUGAUGCCUACUGCAGCGUCACCUAUGAGGGGUCAAAGAAAAAGACAAGGAUAAUCAAAAAUAACCCUAAUCCUGUUUGGAAUGAGGGCUUUGAAUGGGAUCUCAAAGGAGUUCCUCUGGAUUUUGGAGCUGAGAUCCAUUGUGUUGUCAAAGAUCAUGAGAAGAUGGGACGGAACAGGUUUUUGGGAGAGUGUCGGCUAAACCUCAGAGAUGUCCUCAAUUCUCCAAACUUGGCUGCUUCCUUCACGGUUUCCCUGUUGGACACCAAGAAGAACAACACAGGGGCCACUCUGACCCUGCAGGUUUCCUACAUCCCUCCUCCAGGAGCAGCUCCGAUCUAUCAACCCCCUAACCAGCCAGAACCGCAGCUUCACAACAACCCCAACCAGGAGAUGGACACUGUCACCAUGAUAUCCCUGGAUACUUUGGGGGAGGAGGACACAGAGAGCAUGAUCAUGGUGGACCCCCCGGAGGAUCAGGGAGGAGACGACGGGCGCUCCAUGGUGAUCGUUGGUCCUCAGGUCCCUGCUGACCAGGAGUCCCCCACCACCCAGACACCGAAGCGCUCGCCUCAAUCCUACAACACCCAUGGAGGGCUGAAAAAGAGGAAGAGAGGAGCCGGGGGGCAAUCCAAACAGCUGCCCAACAAAAACCAGGACUUACAGGUUCGCGUGCGUGUCAUUGAGGCGCGGCAGUUGCCGGGCAUCAACAUCAAGCCUGUCGUCAAGGUAGCAGUAGCCGGACAAACCAAGAGGACCCGCAUCAGAAAAGGCAACAACCCGGUCUUUGAUGAGACUUUUUUCAUGAACUUCUUUGAGACGCCGUCAGAAUUGUUUGAUGAACCAAUUUUUAUCACGGUGUGCGAUUCUCGCUCACUAAGGACUGAUGCUGUAAUUGGUGAAUUCAAGGUGGAUGUGGGAACCGUUUACAACGAGCACAGACACUGUUUCUUGAGGAAAUGGCUGUUGCUGUCUGACUCCGACGACCUCUCUUCUGGGGUCAAAGGUUACCUGAAGGUCAGCCUGUUUGUCUUAGCGGCUGGAGAUGAGCCACCGGCUGAUAAACGUGAGUGCGUGGAGGAAAAGGAGGACAUAGAGGGGAACCUGCUCCGGCCGGCCGGUCUUUCCCUGAGAGGAGCCGUGUUCACAGUGAGGAUUUUCAGAGCUGAAGACCUACCACAAAUGGACGACGCGAUUAUGGACGGAAUGAGGCAGAUCCUUGGGUUUGAUAGCAACAGAAAGAACCUUGUUGACCCAAUGGUGGAACUCCACUUUGCUGGCAAAACGGUCUGUACUAAAAUCCUGGAGAAAAAUGCCAAUCCACAGUGGAACCAGAGCCUGACCAUCCCGAUAAGAUUUCCCUCUAUGUGUGAGAAGAUGAGAAUCAGAAUUGUCGACUGGGAUAGAGCCAGUCACAACGAUGUCAUUGGCACAUCCCACCUUUGUAUGUCAAAGAUUUCUGCACCCGGAGGAGAAAUCGAUGAUGACUUGACUCCUCGGACAGUCCACUCUGGCAUUGACGACAGCCUCGGUUUCCUGCCGACGUUCGGUCCGUGUUUCGUCAACCUGUACGGAAGCCCGAGAGAGUUCACCACCUUCCACGACCCACACGAGGCUCUAAACCUCGGAAAAGGAGAGGGCGUGGCCUACCGGGGGAGAGUUUUAGUGGAGCUGACCACAAAGCUGCUGGAAAAGCCGGAGCACAGAACCGAGGACAUCCCCUCAGAUGAUCUGCUUGUGGUGGAGAAGUUUCUGAGGAAGAGGAAGUUCUCGCUCUUCGUAGCCUUUUACUCGGCCACGCUUCUUCAGGAUGUCGACGACGCCAUCCAGUUUGAGGUCAGCAUCGGUAACUAUGGCAACAAGUUUGACUACAGCUGCCUUCCUCUGGCCUCCACCACGCAGUUCAGUCGGGCUGUUUUUGAUGGUUGCCACUACUACUAUCUCCCCUGGGGGAACAUCAAGCCAGUGGUGGUCCUGUCCUCAGAGUGGGAAGAUAUCAGGCCGAGGAUUGAGGCUCUCAACAUGCUCCAAGCUAUCAUAGACAGGCUGGAGGCAAACCUGCAGAACGUACAUCUGCAGGUGAAAGCUGGCAGUGAAAUGGAGGAGGUGGAGCUCCAGGUGGUUCAGCUGUUGGAUCAGCUCAUCAUAGACUGCAGUGAGGAGCUCCCCUCCCUCGAUCAGUGGCCUUGUGUGACCCCUCUGGAUCGAUCCAUACGACACAUUCGAACCCUCCACCUGAAGCAGAUCGCCGCUGCAGCUCUGGCCUUCAAACAUGGACCCGAGACGGAGCUGUCCACCAUGCUGGAGCAGGCCGAGGACUGGGCCAACAGACUGAGAACCAUCGCGGAGGAGCCCCAGAACAGCCUCCCAGACAUCGUCAUCUGGAUGCUGCAGGGCGACCGCCGGGUGGCGUACCACCGCAUCCCAGCGCACAGCGUCUUCUUCUCCAAGCAGCACUGCGGGAAGCACUGCGGACAGCUGCAGAGCCUCUUUCUGAAGCAUCCACAGGCCAGCGGUGGAGAGGCCAAACUCCCCGGUCAGCUGAGGGUCAAAAUGUGGUUCGGUUUGGCUGCUGACACCCCCCACUUCAACCAGUUCACAGAAGGAAAGCUGUCGGUCUUUGCUGAAACAUACGAGAACCAGACUCGCCUCGCCCUGGUGGGCAGCUGGGGGGCCACGGGUCUGACCUACCCCAAGUUCAGCGACAUCAGCGGGAGAGUGAAGCUCCCCAAGGAGAGCUUCAGGCCCUCCCCGGGCUGGACGUGGGCCGGAGAAUGGGUCAUCAGUCCAGAGAGGACGCUGCUGUUCGACGUGGACGCCGGUCACAUGACCUUCACGGAGGAGGUGUUUGAAAACCAGAUGAGGCUGCCGGGUGGACAGUGGAUCGGCAUGCAGGAGGGCUACACUGAUGUGAACGGAGAGAAGGCGCUGCCAAAAGAUGAGGUGGAGUGUCCUCCAGGAUGGGAGUGGGAGGAAGUGGAGUGGAGCGAGGACCUCAACAGGGCUGUGGACGAUCAAGGCUGGGAGUACGGUGUCACCAUCCCUCCGGACCGCCGUCCUAAGUCGUGGGUGCCAGCAGAGAAGAUGUACCACACCAACAGGAGGAGGCGAUGGGUCCGGAUGAGGAGACGAGACCUGCAGAGGAUGGAGGCUCUCAGGAAGCAGCGUCCAGAUGAGACGGAGAAGGAGGGCUGGGAGUACGCGUCCCUGUUCGGCUGGAAGUUCCACCUGAAGCCACGGAAGACAGACAGCUUCAGGAGGCGCAGGUGGAGGCGCCGCAUGGAGCCGCUGGAGAAGACCGGCCCGGCGGCCAUCUUUGCUCUGGAGUGCUCACUGAGCAGCAUAGAAGACAAACACGACGACAAGUCGGUCACAACCACGUUUGGGGUCAACAGGCCGACCAUCUCCUGCUUCUUUGACUGUGGAACCCGCUAUCAUCUGCGCUGCUACAUGUACCAAGCCAGGGACCUCCCCGCCAUGGACAAAGACAGCUUCUCAGAUCCGUACGCCAUUGUGUCCUUCCUCCACCAAUCCCAGAAGACGGUAACCAUUCGGAACACGCUCAACCCCACGUGGGACCAGACGCUCAUCUUCUAUGAGGUGGAGAUUUUUGGUGACAGUGAGGCGACGGCAACCACGCCCCCCAACGUUGUCAUCGAGUUCUACGAUCAGGACAGUUAUGGAGCAGAUGAGUUCAUGGGACGCUGCGUGUGCCGACCCUCCCUGACAACGUCUCCCCGCUUGGCCUGGUACCCGAUUCAAAGAGGGGACAAGAGCGCCGGCGAGCUGCUGGCGGCUUUUGAGCUCAUUCGCAGGGAAAAGCCUUCAGUUCAUCACAUUCCAGGACAGGAGGGAGAUGUGAUUGGCUCCGCCCACGUGCUCGAUGAGCUGAUCUUUGCAGGAUUCCUCUCAGAAAACCUGCAGCAUUUGCCCGAGGAGUCGGACCUUCCCUACCUGCCUCCUCAGAGGGAACCCAACGUCUUCAUGGUUCCUCAGGGAAUCAAACCUGUUCUGCAGAGAACCGCCAUAGAGAUUCUGGCGUGGGGCCUCCGCAACCUGAAGAGCUUCCAGAUGGCGAGCGUGAAAUCUCCCAGCCUGCAGGUGGAGUGCGGCGGCGUCCUGAUCCAGAGCUGCGUCAUCCACAACGUGAAGAAGAAGCCCAACUUUGACAUCAACACGCUCAUCCUUGAUGUGAGACUCCCCCGUGAGGAGCUCUACAUGCCCCCCAUCGUCAUCAAAGUCAUCGACAACCGUCAGUUUGGGAGGAAGCCCGUGGUCGGUCAGUGCUCCAUCCGGCUCCUGGAGGAGUACCGCCGCUCCCAACAGGAGGAGCAAGCUCUGCUGGAGGGAGAGGAGGAGGAGGAAGAGGAGCAGUGGAGAAGGGAUCCGUCUCGGCCAACUUCUGGGGAGGUCUUCAUCGAUGUUGAUGAUGAGGAGCCGCUGGUCCCGGACCAGCUUGCAGAUGGAGCCAGUUCAGCUAUCAUUAACCUCUCAAGCUCUAGUUCCAGCCUCCAUAAGUCACAGUGGGGAGAAGAAUCUGUGGACUGGUGGAGUAAAUUCUACGCCUCCAUCGGAGAGAAGAACAAGUGCGGGACUUACCUGGAGCAGGGCUUGGACACUCUUGAGGUCUACGAUCGGGAGCUCGAGAGGGUCGAGGAGUUCGGCGGUUUGUCCGAUUUCUGUCAGACAUUCAAACUGUACAGAGGAAAGACCCAGGAUGAAGGAGACGAUCCGUCAGUGGUGGGGGAGUUUAAGGGUAUGUUUAAGAUCUACCCCCUACCUGAUGACCCCGCGGCUCCCGCUCCCCCCAGACAGUUCCGAAAGCUUCCUCCAAACGGCAUCGAGGACUGUUUGGUGCGAGUCUACGUCAUCCAGGCCAGCGGACUGCAGCCCAAAGACUCAAACGGAAAGUGUGACCCCUACGUGAAGAUCAGUUUGGGAAAGAAGACCAUCAGCGAUCAUGAAAACUACAUCCCCUGCACACUGGACCCCGUCUUUGGAAAGAUGUUUGAGCUCAGCUGCUCCCUCCCUCUGGAGAAGGACCUUCGCGUGACGCUGUACGACCACGACCUUCUCAGCAAAGACGAGAAGAUCGGAGAAACCGUCAUUGACCUGGAAAACCGCUUCCUGUCCAAGUACGGAGCCACGUGUGGCCUCCCACGCUCCUACUGUGUAUCUGGGGUCAACCAGUGGCGAGACCAGCUGACACCCAGACAGCUGCUGGCUCGCCUGUGCGAGCGAAGAAACCUCCGUAAACCCGUUUACGACGACAACGGCGUUCGCUUCAGAGGACUUCGAUACACGGCUGCUGACCUGGAGGACAGAAACCCCUCCGACCCUCACCUGGGUCCAGUCAGGGAGCGGCUAUCGCUGCUCAUCUUGAGGAAGCUGGGACUGGUACCUGAACACGUGGAGACCAGAGCGCUGUACAGCCCGCUGCAGCCGGACAUCCAGCAGGGACGCCUCAUGAUGUGGGUGGACGUCUUCCCCAAGUCUCUCGGACCACCUGGACCUCCGUUUAACAUCACGCCGCGCAAGGCCAAGAAGUUUUUUCUGCGCUGCAUCAUCUGGAACACCAGUGACGUCAUCCUGGAUGACGUCAGCAUCAGCGGGGAGAGGAUGAGCGACAUCUAUGUCAAAGGCUGGCUCGAUGGACACGAACACAACAAGCAGAAGACCGACGUCCAUUACCGCUCCCUGGGCGGGGAGGGAAACUUCAACUUCAGAUUCCUCUUUCCCUUCCACUACCUUCCUGCAGAGCAGCUGUGUGUCAUCGACAAAAAGGAACACUUCUGGAGUGUGGACAAGGCUGAGACUAAACUGGUGCCCAAGCUGACCAUCCAGAUCUGGGACAACGACAAGUUCUCUUUUGACGACUACCUGGGUCACCUGGUUCUGGACCUGAACCACAUGCUGCGUCCCUCCAAAUCCCCGGAGAAGUGCACCCUGCAGAUGCUGAAGCAGCCCGUGGAGAAGCUGGCGUCUCUCUUUGAGCAGAAGACGGUCAAAGGAUGGUGGCCUUGCACCUGCGAGCAGAACGGAGAGAAGAUCCUUGCUGGGAAGGUGGAGAUGUCUCUGGAGAUCGUGUCGGAGGAGGAGCACGAGGAGAGACCGGCCGGCCUCGGAAGAGACGAGCCCAACAUGAACCCUCACCUGGAGGAGCCCCAGCGCCCAGAGACCUCCUUCCUGUGGUUCACGUCCCCCUACAAGACCCUGAGAUUCGUGCUGUGGAGGCGGUUCAAGUGGUUGAUCCUUCUCUUCAUCGUCCUCUUCCUCGUCCUCCUCUUCCUGGGCGUCUUCCUCUACUCCUUCCCGAACUACGCCGCCAUGAAGAUGGUCUCCCCGUUUGGACCUGCCAAGCCUUCAGAGGGAUGAAGAGCGCGGACAAACUCUGAAGCAUCAGUCCAGCUUCAAACAGACUUGUACAGACCUGCAGCCGCUGCGCGUUCGAGUCCGUUUGUGCCUUUGCCACCAACCCUAAAGACCUUCAUCCUCCUCAUCUUCCUCGUGCAGAAAUCUGUGAUGGAAACCAAACUCUUAGCUAUUUUAGACAAUCAGGCAGACGGAACCGUUGACUGUAGAAGACAGCUGGACUGAGGGAGUGUGACGUCAUCCAUAGAAAACCGUUUACUUCUUGUUCCAAUCAAAUGAAGACAAUUCAAAGUUUUGCAAUGUUGGAGCCAGGGUCGGUCUGACUCGCUGUUUCCAUGGCAACCACUUUCUAUGGCCACACCCCUACAACUUGAAAACGGUUGGACAUGGGGUCCAGCAGGCUCCACCUACUUUUAACUGAGGCAUCUGAUUGGUCAGUUUGUAACUUGAAAAACUUGCACUACAGGAAAAAAAGAGGGAAAAAAAGUAUCAGGUUUUGGCCUUGGAACCAGCAGGUACUU